CCGCCUGCCAGGAGGUGUGUUCAGUUCGUGCGCACUGCUGGUUCUCUGUGGUCACUCAGUGUCGUGAUGUGUGAAGGAGCCCCAAGGGAUUUGUCGCUACUACAUGUGUGGAUCUCUACUCUCCAAAAAAUCACGCAACAAGCUGUUGACAUAUUGUGAUGGAGAAUGACUGCUGGCUGUUUUUCCAAAAGAAGAAUGCACGGUGCGUUUACCUGUUUUUGUUUUGGAGAGGUGCUCUGAAAUGUGAUUGACUUGUGUGACUUUGACACGGAAAUAUGUAGUCUAACUUCAAAUCACAAACCCAAGAGUUUGAAGCCAUGCGUAAAGGAGGAAUGGGUCGUAGAAAUGCCGCAACUUGGCUCCUUCGGAGGCUCGUCCUGUCGCUGCUUUGCGCGCAGUCCCUCGGACAGGUGUUCAACCUGACGCUGUCUGUUAAGGAGGGUUUACCUGCCAAAACUAUCGUUGGAGAUCUGGGAGCAGGAUUACGCAGGCCAAGCACUGGAUUCUUCAUCUCAGAGAGCAGAGACUCUUAUGUGUUCAGGGACUUGGAAAUAGACGCAGACACUGGGAUCAUCUCCACUGCUGUGAUCCUGGACAGAGAGAGCAGAGAUAAGUAUGAAUUUGUGGCCGCCACUCUCACGGGUGAGAUGAUAAAAGUGAACAUAGAGGUGAAAGAUGUGAACGACCACUCACCUGUGUUUCCCUCAAAGGAGGUGAACUUGGAAAUAUCAGAACUGGCCCCCCUAGGGAGUCGAUUUCACCUUGAGGGUGCUAAAGAUGAGGAUGAGGGUGAGUUUGGUACCCAGGGAUACAGGAUCACGGAGAGUGACACGGGGGACUUACUCCAUCUGGAGUAUCGAAGUGGAUCUGACAACCACCCGAGCCUGGAUCUCAUCCUCACAAGCAAACUAGACAGAGAAACACAAGACUUCUACUCCAUCAACAUUGAGGCCUUCGAUGGUGGCAACCCAGCCAGGACAGGGACUCUCCAUGUGAACAUCUCCGUCCUGGAUGAGAACGACAACCCUCCCGUGUUCACCCAGACUGAAUAUCAUGCCUCGCUGUCAGAGGAUGCUCCAGUGAUGUCUGCUGUGUGUCAAGUGCACGCUACUGACCUUGACCUUGGCGACAACAGCAGAAUCACUUAUGAGAUCAACAGGCGGCAGAGUGACCCAAAUGAGGUUUUCUCUAUCAACGAAACCAGUGGGGUGGUGUACCUCAACAAGCCGCUUGAUUAUGAGACUCAGUCUUUUCAUGAGUUGAUCAUCAGUGCGAAAGAUAACGGGGCUCAGCCAGAGUACAGCAGCACGUUUGUGGGUGUGAAGGUGCUUAACAUCAACGAUAACAGUCCCAGCAUCAACGUGCUGUUUCUCAGUGAGACCGGAGAUGCUGUGGUAUCAGAGGCAGCAGGGAUUGGCGACUAUGUUGCUCGGAUUUCGGUGUCAGAUCCUGACUUUGACGAGGAGAGGAUCACUGUCACGCUUGUGGGGGGUGAUGGGAAGUUCACCCUGAAGCAAACAGAUGACUUCCUGUAUGCUUUGUGUGUCAAUGCAGAGCUAGACAGAGAAGAAAAGGAUCUGUAUGAGCUGAAGUUACAAGCAUCAGAUUUUGGGAACCCCCCUCUGAGCAGUGAGAUGGUCUUCCUCCUGAGGGUGGCCGACACCAAUGACUGCCACCCAGUUUUUGAGAAGGAUGUAUACCUCAUCAGCAUAGCAGAGGACGCUCCUCAGGGGAGUUCCCUCAUCCAAAUGAAAGCCCAAGACGCAGAUGAGGGCAUAAACUCAGAUGUCAGAUACUCCAUUCUCAAGUCAAACCAGGACAGCCUAAUCAGCAUUGAUCCGGAGUCGGGGCUGGUCACAACAGCUGAAGCUCUGGACAGAGAGACGCAGACGGAGGUUUGGUUCCUGGUGGUGGCAGUUGACGGAGGGGAACCAGCUCUGUCAUCCACAGCUACAGUCAGUGUGCUGGUGGAGGAUGUCAAUGACAACGAGCCAGUGUUCCAGCAGCAACUAUACAAUGUGUCCAUACCAGAGCACAGUGACAUCGGGAGCUGCUUUUUACAAGUUGUUGCCACAGAUGCAGACAGUCCUGAGUUUGGCACACUGCUCUACUCCUUGUCUGAUGGCUUUGACAAGCAGGACAAACACCCUCUCUUCAAAAUCCACCCACAAACCGGAGAGCUGUGCGUCUCUCAAGAUAUCGAUCGGGACUCAGGACACACAGCCCACGACAUUCUGAUCAAAGCUGAAGAUCCAGGAGGCCUGAGUGCUCAAACCUACGUGCACAUUGAGGUAGAAGAUCUGAAUGAUAACGCUCCAGUGUUUAACCCUGACGAGUACACCAUGAGCAUCAGCAGCCACGCACAGCCCGGCACAGAAAUCCUCAAUGUUAUCGCGACUGACCGAGACUCUGGCAGGUUCGGACAGGUCACCUAUGAUGUCCUUCCUGGUGACAUGUCCAGUUUGUUUGCCCUGGAUAAACAAACAGGAAUGCUCUUCCUGACCUCCACUCUGACCCAUCUGGGUGAAGCCAGUGUGAAGCUCUCAAUAACAGCACAGGACGGGGAUGGCUUGACCUCAGUCAGGCCUGCAGAGGUCACCAUUAAUGUUUUACGCAGCGCACAGGCUCCAGCUGUGUUCCAGAGGUCACGCUACACUUUUACAGUGCCCGAAGACACACCGCCAGGCACUUCUGUGGGGAAGGUGGAGGCCAUAAACCCAGCAGACUUCACAGAAUCAGUAUCCUACCGAAUCUCAUCUGGAGACCCUCAGGGUUUGUUCUCUGUUCAUCCGCAGUCCGGCCUGAUCAGCAACGUCAAACCUCUGGACCACGAGUCGCAGCCAUAUGCACUGCUGGUUCUUCAGUCCUACACCGACACCUCUCCAGUUUACAGCACCACCCAAGUCAACAUCACUAUUGCCGACAUUAAUGACAACACUCCAGUUUUCCCCAAAAUCAGUGACACCAUCACAGUGUCUCAAAACACACUCCCAGGGACAGUGUUAUUCAUCGCUCAUGCACACGACUAUGACAGUGGUGCUAAUGGGCAGGUGCAGUAUUACCUGAAAAGUACCAGGAAUGGUAUGUUUGUUGUUGACCAGAACCUUGGGACCGUUACAUUAAACCAGAGUUUACAGGUGGAUCAUCAGCAGAGGUACAGCCUUGAAAUCGUGGCUAAAGAUGAGGGAGAACCCUCCCAGAGCUCUACACUGACCCUCACAGUCAAGGUGGACCGCACCGCUGCUGAAGACAGCCUAGCCUUUGAGACAUUAGUCUACCAGGUGGAGAUAGGUGAGGGCUACAGGAAAGAUUCAAGGGUCAUCCAGGUGAGGGCACACCGGAGCCGGGGCGGACACAUGUCAAACUCAGGCCUCACCUACUCCUUGGUGGCAGAAGCUGGAUUUCCUCCUGCUCCGUUUCGGAUUCACCCAAAGACGGGAUGGUUGUAUCUCUCCCACAGUCUGGACUACGAGACAGAAUCCAUGUUUCGUUUUCGGGUGUUGGCCACAGCCAGGGAGGCCUCGCUGGCCAACAUCACAGCUACGGCUACAGUGACAGUGUUGGUGCUUGACAUCAAUGAUAAUGCCCCGGUGUUCAGCAAUGAGGUUUACUACUUCACUGUGUCAGAGGGGUCGUCACCUCAAGACCUGGUGGGAACAGUCAAGGCCAUGGAUAAGGAUUCUGGGAAAAACGGCCAGCUGUCCUACAUCCUGCUCUCAGAUGGGAAGUUCUUUCGCAUCAACGCUAAAACAGGUGAAAUUAUCAACUGGGUGGCAUUGGACCGGGAGCAGCACAGCCAGCACAGUCUGAAGGUGAUGGUGACAGACCAGGGCCACCCUCGUCUCAAUGCCACUGCCACUGUUCACAUCCUGGUAACCGACAUUAAUGACAACACUCCACAGUUUACACACCUGUCUGCCAGCAAGGAGCUCAAUGUUCAGAUACGGGCCGAUCUACCAGCGGGAUCCUUGGUGACAAACUUGUUCGCCAAAGAUUUAGACGCAGGAGAAAAUGGAACAGUCACCUUCUCAUUAGUUGGUUUCGAGAAGGAGGGUCUUGGACACUUUGAGAUUGACAGUGAAACUGGAGACGUCCGAACAACAGAGCUUUUCGCCCAGAACACUGAACCGUACUACACUCUGAAAAUAAGUGCCAAAGACAGCGGAGCUACACCUCUGGAGGAAACUGCAGUCAUUCAUAUACAGGUUCAUGGAUUUGAGGCUCUGUAUGGUCGCUCUGACCAUCAAAUUGUGAGACGGUUUACUGUGAAAGAGGACACGGAGCCGGCGACUGUUAUCGGCUCUGCCAGUGUUGCAGAUAAAGAGAGAUUCCACUAUUCCAUCUCUGAAGGUGACGGGAGCAUUCACUUCGGCAUUGACGGCUCCUCUGGUGAAAUAUAUAUCAACCAGCCGCUGGACUAUGAGUCUGCCAUGCAGUACUUCCUUGUGGUUCGAGCUGAAGAUGCAGCACUCACUCCUGGAGUGAACAUGUCUGUGCUGGUUAAUGUGAUGGUGGAGGAUGUAAACGACCACACACCCUGGUUCCCUGAUAAACUGGUGACGUUCGGUCUGUCGGAGGACGCCACAGUCGGAUCACUGGCGUUUGCUUUUCAUGCCAGAGACGCCGAUGGGACCUUUCCUAACAGUGCCCUCCGCUACUCCCUGACCUUUGACUCUGAGCUCAGCACCCCUUCAUCACGCUUCCCCUUUCAGAUCAACCCUUACACAGGGAGCCUGACUGUAGCUGCACCUUUAGACCGGGAGACCACCCCGAGCUUUGCCUUCACUGUAACAGCCACCGACCAGGCGAAGAGAAAGGACGAGCGUAAAGCGACAUCUGUGACUGCGCAGGUCUACCUGCUCGAUGUGAACGAUAACCGUCCGGUGUUUAUAUCAGCCGACACAGUACAGGUGAUGGAGGAUGCAGAGGUGGGGAGUCUGAUGCAUCAUUUUGUGGCCAUAGAUGGGGAUCUAGGUGAAAAUGGGGUCGUCUCUUACGUCAUCUUGGCUGGAAACAAGAAAGGAUUCUUUACAAUAGAGGAGAAAACAGGCCUCUUGUUUCUCUCGGCACCUCUGGACUAUGAGACACAACGUUUCCACCGUCUGACCGUCCGUGCAGUGGACCACGGCCUGCCCUCGCUGUCCUCCACCCAGACUCUGACAGUGGAAGUGGGGGACGUGAACGACCAGUCACCGGUCUUCAGUCAGAGUAUCUACAAUGCCACUGUGGCAGAGAACAGAGACCCCGGAGAGCCAGUAAUCAGGGUGUCAGCCACUGAUAAGGAUUCAGAGGAGAACGCCGUGGUGUGGUACAGUCUGCUGCCCGGCCCCGGGUACGAGCUCUUCAGCAUCAACCCUUACACCGGUCUGAUCACCACUACCUCCUACCUGGACAGAGAGCAGCAGCAACAUUUUACCCUCCGAGUCCAGGCUCGUGACAGCAGCACGCGGCCCCUGACGGGUACGGCCACAGUGCUGUGCUCUGUGCUGGACGACAAUGAUAAUCCUCCAGAGUUCAUGCAGUCAUCCUUCCAGGUCAGCCUCCCAGAAAACCUUCCCCCUGGGGUUGUUCACACUGCUCAGGCCUCUGAUCCAGACCAUGGAGAAAAUGGAACUAUACACUACUCAAUAUUAGGUGAAGACUACAGAGGUUGCUUCACCAUCAACAGCCACACAGGUGUUAUCAGCACCACACAGGUCCUUGACCGUGAAGAAAGGCAGAAUUACACACUCAUCAUACAAGCCCGCGACUAUGGCCCCACCCCGCUCAACUCCACCACCCAACUACAGCUAGUGCUGCUGGACCAGAAUGAUAACAUCCCCUCCUUCACCCGUAAGAGCUACCACGCCUCCAUUAGUGAGGGCUUACCUGCAGGGGCUGAGGUCCUGCAUGUCAGCGCCUUCGAUCCUGAUGAAGGGUCCAACGGGGACGUGACCUACUCUCUGACAGAGGACAGCAGCCAGGGGGCCUUCUCAGUAGACUCUCUCACAGGAGUGAUCCGCACCACGAGGUCUCUGGACAGAGAGAGCAGGGCUCAGUACACCCUCAGAGCUGUGGCUACUGACGGCUGCACUCAAGGACCACUCAGCUCUGUGGCAUCAGUGACCAUACAGGUGGAGGACGUGAACGACAACGUGCCGGUCUGUGACCAGAAUCCCAUCAACGCAUGGGUGUCCAUGAGGACUCUACCAAACCAGAUAAUUACCACGGUUACUGCAACAGAUGGUGACCAGGGUGAGAAUGGGACCAUACAGUUUAUGUUGUCAGACGAGGAAAAUCUGUUUGACAUCAACAGCGACACAGGAGAGAUUUCAUUGAGAAGGCGCGUGAGAGCGGGUUUCUCCGGGAGGAAGCUGCAGGUUGUGGUUUCAGACCAAGGACGACCGGCUUUAACCUCCACCUGCCUGUUUUUCAUCCAUUUGAAGGGAGAGCACGAAGGACUACAGUUCACAAACAAAGUGUACAAUGCUACUAUCAAGGAGAACAGUAGAGUUGGCACUUGGAUUGCAAAAGUUGAGGCCAGCGACCAAACCAACAGCAGACAAAGGGUCACGUACACCAUAUUCAGUGGCAAUGAGGAUCACAUUUUCUCCAUCAAUCGUCAUACGGGUGAGAUCCGUCUGCAGAAAGAUAAUUCUCUGGAUUUUGAGAUAAACCCUCAGAUCCACCUUGUGGUGCUGGCUGACAAUGGGCUGCAGACCGCUCACUGCAGAGUCUCCAUCAGCCUGCUGGAUAUUAAUGACAAUGCACCGGUGUUUGAAUAUAACAACUACAAAACAGCUGUCUGGGAGGGGCAAGCACACAACACCUACAUUAUGCAGGUGUUUGCGUCUGAUGCUGACAGUGGGAUGAACGGGCAGAUUGAGUAUUCUAUCUUGGCUGGUAACCAUAAUGAAGCUUUUAUCUUAGACUCUGUUCGUGGGAUUCUGGCUACCAAUGCCUUACUGGACCGUGAGAUCACCCCGUCAUACAAGCUGGUUCUGCAGGCAGUAGACAGAGGGAACCCUCCGCUCAGCAGCAUCACCACCAUCAGGGUCCAAGUGGUGGACGUCAAUGACAACAGUCCUGCCAUCCCCCCAAUGGAGCCUGUGGUUAUAGCAGAAAAUCUACCAGCGGGUUACAUGGUCACCCAGGUGACUGCAAAUGACGUGGACCUGAGCCCAACCAUCACCUACAGCUUUUCAGACAACAGCAGCACCAAUUCUCCCUUUGCUAUUGACCGAUACACUGGAGUGAUUACCCUGACUCGAGCCCUGGACUAUGAAGAGCAGACAGAGUACACGCUGACAGUUCUGGCAUCUGACUCGCUCCACCAGACCACUGGGGAGGUCAAAGUUCAAGUGCUUGACGUCAAUGAUAACGCUCCAGUGUUCAAUAAGGUCUCCUACCAGGUGGAGCUGUCAGAGUUGGUCUCAGCAGACACUUUAGUUUUGUCUGUGUCUGCUACCGACAGAGACUCUGGACUCAACGGCGAGAUCAAGUACAGACUGCUUUCAUCUCCUUUACAAGGCUUUUACAUCGAGCCAAACAAUGGGUCUGUCUUCACCAAUAAGCCCUUAAAGGCCAUCACAAACACCAACCUGAUGCAUCUUCUGGUUGAGGCCAAAGACAAAGGAGAUCCUAUGCAGUCUACUGUCACCUCCAUAGAUGUGCUGAUUCUGGACACCAACGACCAUGCACCAUUGUUCCACCAGGACAUCUACACACUCGCUGUUCCAGAAGACACCCCCACGGACAUCACCAUACUGACACUGUCUGCAGAGGAUCAAGACUGGAGCCCUGAAAAUACAUAUUUAGACUAUGCCAUCAUCAGGGGAAAUGAGGAGAAGCGAUUCUGCCUGGAAGUAAAAAUGGUUCCGGUUGAGAAUCAGAUGAGAAACGUAGGAAAACUUGUCCUGUGUAACCCUUUAGACCGCGAGACCACGGAAAACUAUGCACUAACAGUGAGUGUGUCUGAUCGAGGAACGCCUCCACUGAACAGUUCGGCUGUUGUGAUGGUGACUGUGACAGACUGCAAUGAUAAUGCCCCUGUCUUUUCCAGCACAGAAUACCAUGCACAGGUGAGUGAAAACAGCCAUGUAGGUACCAGGCUGGUCCAGGUCACUGCUCAGGAUCCUGACCUGGGAACCAAUGGCCUGUUGCGGUAUGACAUUAUCUCAGGGAACAGCAAAGGUCACCUCAAACUCAACUCUCAGUCUGGUCUUCUGGUGGUGAACCACUCGCUUGACUAUGAGGAAGACUCAAAAUACACUCUCACCAUCCGAGCAUCUGAUGGUGGUGAAUCAUCUGAAAAUCGUAAAGUGGCUUUUACAGUUGUCUUCAUCUCAGUGUUGGAUGAAAAUGACAACACUCCAUACUUCAUGUUCCCUACUGUUAACUGUUCUGUGCUGGAGAACCUUCCAGUGUUUACCCACACCUGUUCGGUCCAUGCUGUUGACAAUGACUUAGGCCACUACGGACAACUCACAUACUCUAUUUUGUCGUCCUGCUUCAUGGACUAUGGCAGUGGCAGCCCUGAGAAGAAGGAGGCCUUUGCUAUCGACCCCCUAACUGGCGACAUUCACACCAGACAGACCUUUGAUUAUGAACGUGAAAGCGAGUACUGCUUUGUAGUGGAGGCCAGGGACAAAGGCAACAAAGCAGCUACAGUACGAGUGCAGGUGACUAUCAAGGGAGUAGAUGAGUUCAGUCCUGUCUUCACCCAAAAGCUGUACCAUUUCCUCUUACCACAAAAUGCCAAGCCUGGAGAGACAGUCGGCUAUGUGAUGGCGAUGGACCAUGAUGGAGGGGUGGACGGGCUGGUGGAGUACUCCCUUGUGAAUUCAUCACCGUUUUUCUCAAUAAACCAAAAAAUUGGUACUAUUUUUGUGUCAGAUCCUGUAUAUCGCAGAAGAGGCAGCCAUGCCAAUGAGAACAUGGUGAAGCUGGUAGUGUCUGCAGGUAGUCCCAGAAUGGGCUCCAGGACUUCCAACUGCCUAGUUUACAUCAAUAUCUCCAGCUCAGCAGAGGCACUCACCGGAGUACCUCUUGAUGCACACAUGCUCAGUUUGAGUAUCUCGCUAAUCAUGUUCCUCCUUGUGCUCCUCAUUUUUGUGGGCUUGGUUCUGAGGUACAAGAUCAAGGAGGCGGCAAUCAAAAAGGCUGCUGUCAUUGCUGCAAACAUGAACAAGGGCACAGGCUCAUUUAAAAGAUCUAGUCGCAAAAGGCGAAGUAACAUCUCACUGCGGGACAUGAAACGGCCUGGCCUCCUGGUGACCAAGAUGGACAUAUCCAACCCAUUCAAUCAGUCAGAUUCAAGCGGCCGUGGAUCAGCAGAAGGUGAGACAGCUGAGGACCAGGAGAUCAAGUGGAUUAUUGAGUACCCCUGCCGUAAAAUAGAUGAAUCUGUACAAGGCAACCCGACCACGGAGAUCCCACAAACUGCUUUACCUGGGGACAAUAUCUCCUGCCAAUCUCUCCAUGUAGAGCCAGAGCACAUUUCAUCUGUCAAUAAAUGUUUAGUCUCAGGUAUGGCAAGCACAGAAAGCCUCCACCACUUCAAAGAAGAGGGAGGAGGUGAGGGACUACUUCCUGGAAUACCUAGGAUGAGGGAUUUGGAGGAGAGCAUGAGGAUGAACGGGUAUGUUCCCCUCUCGGAAGCCCAGGCCUCUGCAGAUUCUCUCUCUUCACUGGUGUGUCUAGAGGAGCAGCUGCAGGGCAGCUACAGCUGGGACAACAUUUUGGACUGGGAGCCACGCUUCCAGACGCUGGCCUCCGUCUUCACUGAUAUUGGGAUGCUCCCUGAUGAGGAGCUUCAAGGUGGCCGUGAGGACUUGGCAGCAGAGGCAAGCUGUCUCAUGUACCCACCACCUCUUAUAACUGGAGUUGCCCAACCUGGAAUUAGAACUGUACCUCCCAGAAAGCCUGGCCGUGUGCCAUGUCUGAGCAGGAAGCCGUCUUACCCCAAAUAUGCAUAUUCCCCCUUAGCGAGGAACACAGGACUCACCCCAUCAGCCAUGACGCCUAGUUUCUCGCCAUCGCUGUCGUCUCUCACCAUUAGGACCCCCAGUGCCUCACCAGUUGUUUCUGAGACCGGGGUGGGAGGUAUCAGACUUGACUCAGGGCCCCUCACUGCAAGCCUAUUGGAGGCAGAAAUCCAGGUGUAGACAUGAACUUUGACCAAGUUUAUCUGUGACAUUCAAAUCCUUCUUCCAUUCACCAACUGUAAGUAUUUCCCUUAGGAUUUUAAGGGACUUUAAGGUUUAGUUUUUAAUUUAUAACAAGAAAAUCCUGGACUUUCCAUUGUUAUCCUGGUUUCUAUGGUUUUAGACUCCUGUGUGCUACAAGUUUAGUCUCACAGGGGCGAUACCAGGCAAAGUUGAAUAUAAUGUAGUCAUUUAAUUACUUAGAUUGAGGUUGAUUUCAUAACUGGCUUCUGUAAUAAAACUAAUAUCUGGAAAAGCCUGGACUCGCCCUGGUCUUGCGUUAUAUUCGCGGCACUUUGAAUAAGAGCAGAUGUUCGAGUCAGUAAUUAAUUAUUAAAUGUUUUAUUGUAAACAUGUUUAUAUGUGCAGAAAAUGAAACACUUUCUUAUUGCAGUUGGUUGCAGCUUCUUAGAUGGAAAGUUUUCAAGGUUGGUUUAACUUUAAUAACCAAAGAAAGGCAACAUUGUUCUGUGGUUAGGUCUGUCUUCCUGGAAUCGUAUAAAAACAGCAUUUUGAAUACAGACACAUUUUUGCCUCCCGCUUCUUUAAUAUAUUCUGCCAAUAAAAUGCCAAUAAAAUCCCAUGAGGAACAAAACUUAUUUUAUUCCUUCAAUCUAGGACAGUUCUUAAUAUCAAUAUUAUAUUGUUCAGUCUUUCAAUGCUAUAUAAUAGUCCAGGCUUAUACGGACAUCAUCCAAAUCCUCCCAAAAUGUGAGGGAUUCUUCACUGACACUAAUUAUGUACAGAUUCAUGAGAUGGGGAUUAUAUUGUCCUGCUGUCACUGAUCAGCAUGAUGCAGAUUUUUAUAAAGUAGUUCCAGGUUCUGGCUGUUUCUCAUGAAUAGAAAUGUUCUGUUCCCUUCAUGAUUAUUGUUGUACGUGUGUGCUGACUGUAAUUUAGGUACACCCUGUUAAUAAACAGCACU